ACUUAAACAAUCAUGGCGGCGUCACUGGAAAACUUGGAGACGCAGCUGGAAAUGUUUAUCGAAAAUGUUAGGCAGAUACGGAUUAUCGUUGGUGAUUUUCAACCUCAAGGACAAAACGUGUUGAACCAAAAAAUUCAGACACUUGUGCACGGCUUGCAAGAAAUUGACAAACUGAAGGGACAGGUGCAAGAUGUCCAUGUUCCUCUGGAAGUGUUUGAUUAUAUUGAUCAAGGCAGAAAUCCACAGCUGUAUACCAAGGACUGUAUAGAAAAGGCACUAGCCAAGAAUGAACAAGUGAAAGGAAAAAUUGAUGCUUACCGCAAGUUCAAAGCACAUUUACUUUUAGAACUGAGUAAUGCAUUCCCAAAUGAACUGGCUAAAUAUCGAGCCAUUCGGGGAGAUGAAAGACCUCUACCUUAGAUUUGUAAAACUCGUGUGCAUGUGACACCUGUGAAAGUGACAGUAAAUUUAUGAUUGUGAAUGAAAUGUUAUUUGACUGUUUUGUGUUGAAAAAUAUAUGUAUAAUGUGUAACAGAAAA